AUGUCUUCCUCGGAGCCGCCGCAGCGACUGCUCCCUGGCUUAGAGGAGAGCAAGGGUGCACUUUACGAGAUCGGAGUCGCCGACGAUGGCACCAUUGUCGGCCUGGCAGAGGAUGAGAUGGAAGAAAGCCUGAACAACCUGCGAGCUAUGGCCGCGAGCUUGGGCUGCGGAGUAGAGGUGCUGCGGAUGGUACCGGUUGGCGAGUGCGAAUGGAUGGAGUGCAGUGGCGCAUCCCAGCAGAAGCUGCAAACAUCGAGACUUACUACCUCCAAUGAAGACCAAGAUUUGAAGACACCUGGCACUGAAGAUAUACGCAUUGUGGAGCAGCUGCGUGUGUCGGUGACCGGGGCAACAAUGUCUGGCAAGUCCAGUCUACUAGGUACACUAUCCACUGCUACGCUCGACAAUGGGCGUGGCAAAAGUCGUCUCAGUCUGCUGAAGCACAGACAUGAGAUCGCGUCCGGUAUGACGAGCUCUGUCACUCAAGAGCUGAUAGGUUACCGAGAUACCGUCGAUCAGGAUGGAACCAUCGCAAGUCACGUAAUAGGCUAUGGUUCCGGAGACGUCUCAUCCUGGAUCGAUAUUCACGCAGCAGUAGAGAAUGGUGGCAAUGGAAGGUUGGUCAUUAUGUCGGACUCUGCGGGUCAUCCUAGAUUCCGAAGAACCACAGUUCGCGGGAUUGUUGGCUGGCAACCGCAUUGGACCUUGUUAUGUAUACCCGCGGACGACACAGAUGACUCAACAGGAAAAAUCGGUGCUUCUCCAACGCCGCAAGAACUACUUGGACCUGCCGCUGCGGAUCUUGACCUCUCACAGGCACAUCUUCAGCUAUGCUUGAACCUAGAGCUGCCAUUGGUAAUCGUGAUCACCAAAUAUGAUCUUGCCACCAAAGCUGGACUCCGCCAGACAUUGUCCAAAUUGCUAUCUGUACUGAAAGAAGCUGGUCGCAAGCCGUGCAUCAUAUCGGACCCGACUGCAGUAGCUCAAGACGAAGAUUUGCACUCUAUUUCGGCAAAGGAGAUGCAGGAAGCUGACAAGUUAGUGGGAACUCUAGCGGCAUCUCCGUUGGCGACCGUACCAAUCUUUCUGACCAGCGCGAUCAAAGGGACGGGUAUGAACAAAUUACACGCGUUUCUACGUCAGCUUCCCAUCCCAAUUCACGAAGAGCCUCGCAUCGAGCCAGCACUCAAGCGAUUGUUUUAUAUCGAGGACGUCUACAGCGUGCAGACUCGUACAUCGUCUGAUAGGUCUGCUGUCAUUGGAGGCUAUCUCCGCUACGGUACCAUGAAUGUUGGCGACGAGUUAUUGCUCGGACCAUACCCCGUAGACAUAAGCUCUGAUGAUAGUGACAGUGGCAGUGGUCAGCCAUCACUGCGAGCGUCUGUACUGCCACAGUCGCGAUCUUUCCCUGGGGCUAUGAACAAGACCCAUACCAGGAGUGCAUCUCUUCACGAUCAUCACCAGGUAGGUACGAUGGGCAUCAUGCCGGUCGACACACCGAUCCUGAGUCCAGCCAUCAACAGAAUCCGGAAAGGAAUGGUCCUGGCAGACCGGCAGCCAUACGCUUCCAAAGUCAUCAAUGUGCGGUUUGAAGGCUCACAGACGCGUGCGGCUCAAGGCCUCAGUCUUGGAAGUGCAGUUGUCGUGUAUAUCGCCAGUGUCAGAGCAUCCUCCAAGGUCAUAUCUGUGGCCACGGAGCCGGCUUUGAGUACUGCGCCUGUCGAAGCAGACGACGAUGAGUUUGGAUUUGGCUUUGACGACGAAACAGACGGUUCAGACCUUGAUACGUCAGCUGCCACGAUAGUAACGUUUCAAUUCAUUGCUUCUAAAGAGUUUGUCGAAUAUGGCGCCAAAGUUCUAGUUAUGCCAGGCGGAGGUCCAGGCCUGUCAGGAAGUAACGAGAGGGGUGCGAAAGGCCUGGCAGGUCUUGAAGGAUUCGUUGGACGUGUUGUUGAGGGGUAA